UUUGACUUCACCCAGACAUUCGUCGAAUCAUUUCUUUUCUUACUACUACGAAAUCAUAUCAGAGUGGCUCAGUUCAACUUUGGGAUUUGUCGCUUCUCUUGUGAUCCGAGCACGUUUUGUCAGCUCCUGCCAGCUGCCAAGCUGACAGAACUUUGCAUUAUGACUAGUAGCGCGUCUCAAUCCGACUUCUCCGCUCAAGUUCUGUCAUCCAAAGAAGCAAAGCAGUUGAAUCGUCUGGCUGUUGGAUUUCCCUCGGAAGUAUCCGACAACUAUCUGCUGUCCUCUAAACUUAGUUGGUUAGCACUGACGGAUACUACCAUCUCGUCAGCAGCAAUUCGCAUAUUCGUUUUUGAAUGGAUUCAAGGGAAGAGGUCUUUUGACUACUUGGGGUUGACUACCACUUGUCACUUGGAUGUGCGAGUGAUCCUCGCCGGAUCCUCGCUUUUCCAGAUUGGUCCUAAUAUUUUUGUUUUGAGUAAUAACCUUGAUGAAGAAAUGACAAUUACUGUUGAUGAGAAUUCUUUCGUAAUGUACAACAAGGAAGCAGAGCGAAUUAUGAGGGAGUUCGAUAGUUAA